GAGUGUAAAAACAAAAACAAAAGAUGACGGAGCCAUUGCAUACAGCUUUGAGUGCGAUUAAGGAAUUAAGAUCAAGUGUGGGGCAAAUAUUUGAGUCCCUGAGUGGAGGAGUGAGGGCUGAACAUGGGGUCGAAGGAAGAGAUGCGAAAUAUUUGCUGGAGUUGCAGGAUUUACUAAAUGCCGUCACGAUGAAUUUGAGGGAUGUGGAGGCGGCUAUAAAUGUGCUAACCCCACCAGCAGGACCCUUUAAUUUGGGCAAUUCAUCCUUCUUGUCGCAGGAGACAACACAGGAUCGUCAAGCGCUUUACUCGCAGUUGGUCAAUAGCUACAAAUGGAUCGAUAAGAUCCGCGAGCACUCCAAUUUGGCUGCCAAUCUUCUGAGUCACAAUGCCCUGAAAAGAUCCUAUUCCACGAAUUCCACAAAGCGACGUCGGCCCCUCACUUCGAGCCACAAUGUUCUUCCGCAGCAAGUGGAUCAGGCACUCCAGGCCAUCGAUAGGAACUUCAACGACAUGACUCUUAAGAUCUGGAGGCCUUUUGCCACCAACGUAAUCCUCCAUAUAAGCCUGAGCAGAGUUCUGAAAGCUGCAAUUGUCUUCAAGGGUCUCAUGAUUGAGUGGGUGAUUGUAAAAGGAUUCGAGGAAGCCCUGGACGACGUGGAUGACUUGUGGACCGAAUCAAGACACAAAGUUUUCCAGCAAGUCCGUGACCACACCCACUCAGCUAUGCUCCAUUUCUACUCUCCAACUCUUCCGGAACUUGCAGUCCGGAGUUUUAUGACAUGGAUUCACAGCUACAUCACUCUCUUCUCGGAUCCAUGCAAAAAAUGCGGCCUCCACUUGCACAACAGCCUCCCACCGACAUGGAGGGAUUUUAGAACCCUUGAGCCCUUCCACGUGGAAUGUAAGCACUAAAAUCACCCGGAAACUCAUUUAAUGGACGGACUAAGAAGUGGGGAUACAAAGUAUAUAAUGAAAAAUAAGGAAUACAAAAUAAGAACACCAAGUCCCAUUUUUUUUCUCCUAAAACAAUACUCAAUCCACCUCCAGCUUCCGGAAACUUCCCUGUAAUCCGUGGAAUGUGGAACCCAUUGAAUCCGUCUGAAUGCCACAGGCUCGAUUGAUGGCGCCCAGAGAGCCUUCCAGAGCUUCCGGUGGGUACAUAUCUAAUCUCAGCUGCAUUCCGUCAUUGUGGAGAAUCACUGGUUGUUUGGCCUCCAAUUCCUUCUUGAAGAGUUCUUCAAGGAAAGAAAAUUAAAGAUUAAAAAUAAAUUCUUUUCAUGAACAAAA